CCCAAAGCCCCAAAAUUUGUUCCUCUUCAGCAAAGAAUCAUUUUAUUCCAGGAGGUAACCCCAAAACCAACCAAUUAAUCAAUUAGCCAGCCUACAGCCCACAACACCAUUUUUCAUCUCUCUUUGUCAAAACAUGAGAGUACUCGUUACUAUAAGACCGACCGAAAUACGCACCUCUAUCAAUCCCAUCCAUCUACAUAUAUAAACAUAAUUGUAUUCACUAGAGAUUGAUUCAGUAAUCGUCAUCAACAUGGCUAGGCCGGGUGUUACCAAGCGUUCCUACGAGGAUUUCGAGCCCUUCUGCAGGUGGGAAAGAAGCCCAGAUCAAGACGUCCUCCUCGUCCAUCUUCAGGGGUUCAAGAGGCAGCAGCUGAAAAUUCAGACGAACAACAUGGGAGUGAUGACAAUAACAGGGGAGCGGUGUCUGGACUGCCAGCACAAUCGAUGGGCGCGUUUCAGCAAAGAGACACGCCUCCCCACCAACGACAUCAAGACCAACGAGAUUCACGCCAAUCUUUCCGCCGGCAUCCUCUCAGUCGUCAUGCCCAAGAAGCCGGCGGUACUUCCGCAGCCGCCGCUGUCAUCGUCCCCUGACGCUGGCCAUGAGCAUCACGAGUACCAGCCGGUGACGGGAACAGAGCAUCGUUAUCAUGAGGAACAGAGCACACGAGUUUUCGAUGAUCAAGAAUCCGAAGGUGGGACGCAGAGGGUUGUCGGGAAGGAUUUGAUGGCGCCGAUGAAGUUGAGAGGUGUUUGGCGGGUGACGAAUGUUGUAGUUGUGGUUACGGUUGCUGUUGCCGUUGUAGUGGCUGUGGGAGCGGUUUUGGCGGGAUACGGAUUUCGUCGAAGUAGUUCGUAUGCGACGGGCGUAUCGGAAUUGGGAUUUGUGAUUGCGGGAUGAAAAACAGAACGGCUAAACUUUGAGACAUUACGGAGAUUGUGCGUCGCCGUCGAUAUAUGGCUAAUAUUCAUGGCCCAUGGGGGGAAAAACUUGGUAAAAGAUGUUAAUAUUGUUAUGAAAUAAUUGAUUAUUGUUGAUAUUCAUUUCAUUCUAGGUCGGCCAAUGUAUUAGAAGUCAUUUACCUG